AUGCAGUCACCGUCGAAUAUCAUACGAAAUCCUACUUUUAGUAGUGAAUUAAAAAGUAUAAAUGGAAACAAUGAUGAUAAUCAAGCGCCACCUCCAUCAUAUACAAGUAUUAUUUAUAAAUUAGAAAAUCCGUCAUAUCAACAUGAUAACAAUUUUUUUCCAUUACCACCAAGUUAUACUGACGUAAAUAGUCCAACUAUUUUCUAUAUUAAUAAUUAUCCUGGACCACCAUUAGAAGAUGGUAUUGUACAAAUGAAUUCUUCUGAUCCUAUUGCACUUAAUCAAUCUAGGACAACAGGAUAUUUUCUAUCAAAAAGAAUGCAAACUUAUUUUAAUAUUAAUGCUGUUUUAAUGAUUUUAUUUGGUAUUGUAACAAUUGGUCUGCAAAUUGGAUUAAUAGUCACCCAUUCAAUUGUCUUUUACUAUUAUGGUUUUUGGGCUGGUGCUGUUAUUAUUUGUCUUGGCAUAUGUACAAUUAUAUUUAAUACUCGUUCUCAGCAAUGUAAUAUAGUGAAAUAUUUUCAUUCUUAUGCAUGGGAAACUGUAUUUAUUGCUGUUGUACUUGGUUUUGGCAUUAUUAUAAUAGCAGUAGAUACAUGUGAUGAUAACUUAUCAACAACUGAUGAUAAUAGUGGUAGAUGUAAACAUUCAUAUAAACAACUUAAUGGUUUAUUAAUAGGUUUCAUUGCAGUAACAUUUUUACAAACGUUUAUCAACACAUUAAUUUUGACUGUUAUGAAAAGACGAGUUAUGAGGAUUUAA